AUGCCCACGCAAGGCUAUCCUGGGCAAACCUCCCUGCAGCUGGCCACCAACGCGACAGCCGCCAACGACACGCUGAAGACCGUGACGCGCCUCGCCUCGGUCGCGAGAGAAACGGGGUCUGUCGCCGCUGCCGACUGGACGUCCGACUACACCCAGACCCACUCCACCCUGAAACGCGUCACGGAGCUCCCAGGUGGCGCCGCCAUCGAUCUCCCCAAUGUGUACACCGGCUGCGUGGCGCUGCCGACCGCCGCGGCCGCGGAGGUCGCCGGCGGGCCCGGCAGCGCGUCUGACGGGUCGCACGUGCCGAUCGUGCCCUCCCAGCUGGACGAGUUGCCAGCCCUGGCGAUCCCCGGGCCGCCGCCCUUCCUACGCGGCUACUUUGCGGGCCCCUCCUCCGCGGGCGUCUCCGCGCCUGGCGGCUACUCUUGGGCCUUCGUCGCGCCAGCGGCGGGCGUUGACGGCAGGGGGCGACGCGCCCUCGGGCUUAUACAAGGGCACUUUCUCAGCCACGCCUGCACCGGCUCGUAUGAGUACAAGGGCACACUCGUGCAGGUCAAUGCGAGGGUCAACGGCGACAGCGAGGUGGAGGCGUAUUGCGAGGCCGGCCGCCUGGACCCGGGGAGCGGGGUGCUGCAGGUGUGGCUGGGCAACGCUACGCACUGCCCCAAGCCGAUGGGAGAGCCUUCUUAUUCGUCGGUCAAGAUCGGCACGUGA